GUGGAAUGUUUGAGAUUUCUACUUUUGGAAUAUCAGUGUUUUCAAAUGAAUUUUUAUCAUCAAUAUUAUCAAUUGAACGCGAUUUGGUGUCAUCUUCAAUAUCGGUUGAAGAAGUUUCGAUUAUAUUUAAGGGUGGAAUGUUUGAGAUUUCUACUUUUGGAAUAUCAGUGUUUUCAAUUGAAUUUUUAUCAUCAAGAUUAUUGAUUGAACGUGAUUUGGUGUCAUCUUCAAUAUCGGUUGAAGAAGUUUCGAUUUUAUUUAAGGAUGGAAUAUUUGAGGAUUCUACUUUUGGAAUAUCAGUGUUUUCAAUUGAAUUUUUAUCAUCAAAAUUAUUGAUUGAACGUGAUUUACUGUCAUCUUCAAUAUCGGAUGAAGAAGUUUGGAUUUUAUUUAUGGAUGGAAUAUUUGAGAUUUCUACUUUUGGAAUAUCAGUGUUUUCAAAUGAAUUUUUAUCAUCAAUAUUAUCAAUUGAACGCGAUUUGGUGUCAUCUUCAAUAUCGGUUGAAGAAGUUUCCAUUUUAUUUAUGGAUGGAAUAUUAGUGGAAUCUACUUUUGGAAUAUCAGUGUUUUCAAUUGAAUUUUUAUCAUCAAUAUUAUCGAUAGAACGCAAUGUGGUGUCAUCUUCAAUAUCAGUCGAAGAAGUUUGGAUUUUAUUUAAGGAUGGAAUAUUAGAGGAAUCUACUUUUGGAAUAUUAGUGUUUUCAAUUGAAUUAUUAUCAUCAAUAUUAUCGAUAGAACGCAAUGUGGUGUCAUUUUCAAUAUCAGUUGAAGAAGUUUCGAGUUUGUUUAAGGAUGGAAUAUUUGAGGAUUCUACUUUUUGA